AUGGCGUACUCAACACGUGGGGUAUACAAUCCACUGGAAGUUUGCAAUGGAGAUGUUGGGUUUUCAGGUCAAUUUGACGAUGCAGAUGAAGAUAAUUCAGAAGUUCCUCAAUUUCUCAAACAUCUGGAUGCAAAUAAUACCGAAMAAAUCGACAAAAAUGACGAUUACUUGGCCGAGACAGUACGCCAAGAUACACAAAAACAAUGUGGUCGAAYGUCUUCGGAAUCGUACGACGAAAUGAGCGAUGAUGAGUCAUGGGAUUGGGAAGACGAGACCGGAGAUUUUACAAAACGUUAUAACGCAAGUCGUUCAAACGUAAAAGUGUCAAAUCCAUCCUCAUCGAGGAAAUCUGCUCUUCAGCCAACSGAAAAGUCUAUGCAAAAAUAUGGGGGUAGGAUCAGCGUCGACAAGUAUGAGGGCCCUGCWCUGAAUGUAUUGAAAGAAAGCUCUAGAAAGAAAGAGAAUGAAAAAAUGAGAUCAAAGGAUAAAGCCGACAGAGCGACAGUAGAGCAGGUUCUAGACCCGAGGACAAGAAUGAUCAUUUUUAAGCUAUUAAAUAGAGGGUUUGUWUCUCAAAUAAACGGUUGUAUUAGCACUGGGAAAGARGCAAAUGUCUACCAUGCAACGACUAAUAUAGAGAACCAAGACAGRGCUGUCAAAGUGUAUAAAACAUCCAUCUUGGUCUUUAAGGACAGAGAUAAGUACGUCACGGGMGAGUUUCGAUUUCGACAUGGGUAUUGCAAACAUAAUCCCAGAAAGAUGGUCAAAACAUGGGCAGAGAAAGAAAUGAGAAACUUAAUUCGUUUGCAUCAAGCUGGCGUUCCCUGUCCAGAGCCUAUUAUUUUACGCAGUCAUGUUCUUGUCAUGGAGUUUAUYGGCAAAAAUGGYUGGCCUGCMCCCUUACUGAAAGACGUAWCCCUCUCUGAGGCYAARGCAAGRGAACUUUACUUACAGUGUGUGAAAAUGAUCAGGGAUAUCUACUGGAAAAGUCGUCUUGUGCAUGCAGACUUGAGUGAAUUUAACAUGCUGUACCAUGAAGGCGGCGUAUUUGUAAUUGAUGUCUCRCAGUCAGUAGARCACGACCAUCCUUGUGCAUURGAAUUUCUUCGCAARGACUGCACAAACAUCAAUGAUUUCUUUAAGAAGAAAGGUGUAUGUGUGAUGACUGUCCGUGAACUCUUUGAUUUUGUCACAGACUCCAGCAUUACAGAUGAUAAUGUUGGAGAAUACCUGGAAAAAGCACAGGAAAUUGCAGCCAAUCGCAAAGACAAUGACUCCACUGAUCAACUAAAUGAUGAAGUUUUCAAGCAUGCUUAUAUUCCAAGAACCUUGAAUGAAGUUGUGGACUUUGAAAAAGAUAUGGAAAAAGCCAAAGUUGGGAAAACAGAAGACAUCAUGUAUCAGAAAGUGAUCGGCAUGAAGAGUGAUCUUUCUGGUACUCUUCUCAUUCCAAAACUWCUUGAAGGCAACCUGGAAAUGGCAGUAGAAAAUAACCUUAACAUCAAUGAUGAUACUAGUCAAACAUCAACACAUAGAGAUGAUGGCAGUUCGCAAAUAGAAACUAGUAGUGAUGAUGAUGAUGAAAAUAAUGAUGGAGAUGAUGAAGACACGGACAAGAAAGAGGGAGUUGAACAAGAAAUGAGUAAAAAAGAACACAAGAAAAUGGUAAAGGAAGCAAACAGAGAGAAGAGGAAAAAUAAAAUCCCUAAGCAYGUGAAAAAGCGCAAAGAAAAAGUAGCUAAAAUCAAGAAGGGAAAUAAAUAAUGAACUGUGAAUAAUUAAAGGGGCAUUACCAACAUUAUUGACAAUAAAUAUAUAUUGUAAAGGUCAACAUUGUGUUGAUGCCAGACUUCUUAAUUGUAAAUAAUUAUGGAGAAACAUGAAAUAGCAUACCACUGAUAUUGUAAGUGUGUUUUAUUAUCAGAGAUUUAAAAUUAUAAACUUUUCUGUGUCUCCUAGAACCAUGCCACAUCAAAACUUUGCUUAAAAUAUUUUGAAUUUCUGAACAGCCCGCAUUCCUUUUGUUUAAGUGUUUGAAACUUCCUGUGCAACCAGUAUUCUUAUAUUUUUCUUUCAUGAUAUCAUAUUUUCCCCUUUCUUUUCACUUUUCUUUGCUCGGAAAGUUUUACGAAGUCUUGUGCUCCAAAAUGU